AUGAGACACUUUGGCCACCUUUACGCGUGCCUGGCCUUCCUGCUGGCGACGGCCUCGGCAAGGUCAGCCGAGACCAACCCGACCGCGAACUCCAUCGACGAUCAGAGCGCGAGGUCGAGCAGUAGCAACGUUCUGGGCGACCUGAAGCAGGUGUACCAGAUCUACAAAGAGUGCUCGGACGAGGAACUGAGCCCAUGCUUGAAAGUGAGGCUCCUGUCCGCGGUGGACAGGAUGUACAGGAGCAUCCAGUUGAACGUGGCCGACGGGGUCACCUUCGUUCGCGACGAGCAAGUCGUCACCGAGGAGGAGCCAGUCAAGUCCCUGCAGGAGAUCGAGGCUAGCCUGCCCAGGGCCCUGGACGACAAGGAGGACGCCCUGAACACCAUGAUCUUCGAUAAGGUUGUCAAGUUCUUCCAGAGCCACACGCUGAAGCUGAAGCUGCCCAACGUCGAGGAACUCCAACGCAGUCGCAAGAAGAAGAAGAACAUGGGCCUGUUGGCGAUUCCCCUGUUGAUCGGUGGAACCCUGGUGCCCUUGGCGUUGGGCGCCCUGGCCCUGCUGGCGGGUAAGGCGCUGAUCGUGAGCAAGCUGGCGCUGGUGCUGGCGUCGAUCAUCGGUCUGAAGAAGCUGGUGUCUGGCAGCGGCGACCACGGCCACGAGGUCGUACAGGUCGCCGGCGGCGGUCACGGAUCGAGCGGAUGGGCAAGAUCGAGCCACGACCUCGCUUACUCCGCCUACAAGCCAUCAGAAGAGAACACGAUGGUCAAGUACGCGAUACUCGUUGCGGCCCUGGUCGCGUCCGUUUUCGCCGCCCCCACGACCCAGGAUCCGCCUGGUCCGCCGUCGAUCCUUGAGGAGGCGAUGAGCGUGUACGCCUCGUGCUCGGGCGAGGAGAGCCUGGCUGUGUGCUUGAAGCUGAAGGCGCUCCACUUCGUGGACAGGGCGGCCAGGUCGGCGGACAUCGACGUCGUCGACGGGUUCAGGAUCGUGCAAACCGAGGAGGCCAAGAGCAGGUCAUUAAACGACAUCGAAAGUACCCUGCCGACCGAGGUCGAGGCCAAGGAGACGGCUAUCAACGACGCCAUCCUCGACAGGACGGCCAAGUUCCUUUCGACUCAUACCGUAGAACUGAGCCUUCCGGAAGAAGUCUCUCGAUCGCUCGAUGAAGCUCGUGGAAAGAAGAAGAAGAUCGUGAAAUCCCUUCUGCCAAUUCUCCUGCUGUUGAAACUGAAGGCUGCAGCGCUGAUCCCCAUCGCCCUCGGUGCCCUGGCCCUCCUGGCCCUGAAGGCGCUCGUGAUCGGCAAGAUCGCGUUGGUGGUCAGUGCCAUCAUCGCCCUGCAGAAGCUGUUCGCGAACAAGCACCAGAGUUACGAGGUGGUGGCCCACCCAGUCCACUCCUACGGUCACGAAGAACACCACGACCAUCAUGGUUGGGCGAGGUCGGCCGGUUCGGACCUCGCGUAUAACGCGUACAAGCCGUCAGAAUAG